AUGACUUCUCGCAAACCCCGACGUCAGAACAACCAUACUACAACUGAUUAUGAAUCAGACACAGCAUACUAUUCAGACAUGCCGCAAGCUGCACCGCCGCUGCGUUCCAACGAGGAGCUGAACCUCUCAGUGAUCCGCCGCCACAAGCCCUCCGUGACCUCAAUCCUCUCUCUCGCCCCUUACGCAGUCGUGUACAUCUUCAGCCCAACAACAAAACAAUGGGAAAAGAACGGCAUUGAAGGAACACUAUUCGUUUGCCAGCAAACCCAGGGCGACCUAGGCGAAGAACGCUACACCGCAUUCGUGCUCAACAGGCGCGGACUCAACAACUUCGAUCUCCCUCUCACGGACGGCGAAAACGUGGAAAUUACUGAAGAAUACGUGAUCCUUAAGGCAGACGAGAGUGAUGAAGGUGAAACAGGCCAGAACGGCAUCGCGGACCCCUUGCACCCACAGAACAUCGCCAGCAACACCCAAAGCGGCAACAAUGUUCGCAUCUACGGUCUCUGGAUCUAUUCAGAGCCACCACCCAACUCGACCGCCGAAUCUCGCACUAUCAAUGCCCAGAUGAUCCAAGAGUGCGCCACCCACGCUGGGCAGAGUAUGAAACUCGCCCGUGAGCGUCUUGAGGCUCUGCGCCAGUCCAAUAUGCAUGUUGCUGCCGCUGCCGCUUCGACACAGCCCGCUCCGUUGGAAGAGGUUCAGGCUAGUGUGCCUAUGGGACGACAGGUUUCAUUGAAGGAAUUGUUUGGUCAGCAGCGUGCUCAGGAUGAUGGGUGGAGUGUGCGUGCGCACCACCUUAGUCCCGAGCAGUUGGCUCAACAGGCUGCUUAUCAGAACAUGAUGUCUCAACAGAUGGGUGCUCCUCCUCAUCCGCCGCCGCAAUCGCAGGCACCACCACAGCCGCAGGCAGAUGUGCUAGGUGAUUUGUUCCGGAGGGCAGGAUUAGCAUAUCAAGGAAACGGACAGGGUUAUUAA